GGACACGGUCAAGAUGGCCAUAUUGUAUUUUAUAAAUACAUUCGUAUUCACGCGUGAGCCCGUUCGAUCGAACAUACCUAGGAUACAUUUUGACGUUGUAGAGGAUGGGAGAUAUGUUGAUUAUCCUUGGGGCAAAGAGUCCUUCAAAGAGUUGGUUACAAGCAUCGAUCGAAAUAUCUCGACUUCAAGCAAUAUUAUAGGAUUCACGGAAUGCCAAUUGCCAUGCAAGUUUGACUGUAUGAAUCUUGUUCAAAAGUCCAUCCAAUAUUGCAAUUAAGUCGGGGAAUUUAAUUCCAAGAAUCUUGAAUUGGCGGACUGUUGAAGAAAGACCGAAAUUUGAUGCUUUGAUGGAAGGCAUGUUUAGAGAUGACAUACACCCGAUUUGUACUUUUGAUGAUGUUGUUCCAACCACUGCUGAGUUGGAACGACUUAAUUUGCCUCCUGUUGUUUCACAAGCUAUCCCCAACCCAACAGACGGAGUUGAAGUUGCUGAAGGCAACGAGAUGGUUGAUGAUGACUAUGAUGACUUCAGUACCACACCACCACACAAUGUAAGGGGUAAACAGCAACAAUGGUUUGCCGUAUCUGAUUCACCGCCUCAUAAGAAACGCAGAAAGGUUUCAGUUACAGAUUCUACUAUUAGGAAACAACCAACCCGGAACAAACCACUCACAACAUCGAAGGACACUUCGAUAUCAAGGCAUCGUGAUGUCCAAACAGCGACCAAAACUGAUGAGGUGAAACUGUCAGACAAGAGUUUCAAGCUUUUAAGAAAGAUGUAUCUGCUCAGUUUACUGAUCUUAACAAGUCCAUGGAUGAUAUUCGCAAGUGCAUCGAUGACAACUUCAAAAAGGUUGUUGAGGUAAUAAAGGGAAAUCAAACCUCAGAAAAGGCUGCCGAUAGUGAAGCUCUGGUAAAUCAAUACGAGGUUGGCAUACAAUACUCGCAUGAAUUCAAUCAAGAACAACAUUAUGCCAAAGAGACAUCAACUGUCAAAGAUGGUAUUGAUGAAAAUAAGAUGAAGGUUGGAGGCACAAUGUUAAUUGGUGAUGUUUCUGGUGUUGGAAUGCGCCGAAGUACACAAAGUGGGGAUAUUUUAAAGGCUUCAACUGAAGAGAUUCAAGGUAGCGGUGAAACACCCCCGAAGCCAACACAACCACAGGGUGAGACAGUCAUGGUGCAUACACAUGUGCCGGUUCUGGCUGUGCAACAAGGUAGGGUAAAUGAUAAUGCAGAAUUUAGUGCAUCAGAGCAAAUGGUAGCAGAGUUGCUAAUCCAGUGUCCUCUUGCCACUGUGAUUCCACUUGGUCCCCCUGCAAUACAAGUCAAUGAUCAAGCUGAUCCCUAUAUGUUUAAGACCCCUCAGAGCAGCAAAGUUGAGAACGUUGUACCAAAUUCUCAAUGGUUAAUUCCUGAUGAUCAAUUACCCAGCCAACUUGGAGUACAACCAACAACGGGGCAAGGUUCAACUGCUGAAGUAGCACAACCUUCAAUCGAAAAUACUGAACGCCGAAUGAUUGUCCACCCAAGCAUUGUGCGAGAUAGGAAACCUACAAAUACACUAUGUCCCCUUUCAUGCCAAAUUAUAGCUCAGCAGGAUCUUCUGCAAGGUCUUCUGUCCCUAUCAAAUUUGAAAAGAAGCACCCCUUUGUAGAACAUCCAAUCAAUGCCCCUGUGGACACGGCGUAUUUUCAAGAAUAUGAAAAUUGGCUCAAGAAGGAUCUGUUAUUAAGGCAUGAUAAAAAAAGAGACAAGGAAAACCACUAUAGAAAAAACAAGGAAUUAGUGGAUCCUGAAGACGUCGAUAUGUCACUCAAGUUAGGCGCCACACUUGUUAAAGACAAAAACUGGUUCUACUUGUUAUCAAUGGAAGGGAAACUUUGGAAUGAUGAACAUCUUGAUGUUAUUUUUUAUUACCUCCGUAAGAAAGGCAAAAAUGAAGAUAACAGCACAUAUAAAUAUACCACCGUCAGCUGUAUACUACAUACCAUAAUCACCGAGAUUUACCAUGCUUGGAAAAAUCCCGAAUUAUCCACAAGUGUUACUAGCAAGGAAUCUGAUGUAUGUGUGUACAUAAACGGGUACAGGUUGAUGGGUAAUGUACCAUGGCAUAUAGUUGACAACGUAUUAAUCCCUGUCAAUGUGAAAGAGGAAAAUCACUGGAUUUUAGUGGUAAUAUCAUUCAUUGACAGAUGUCUGUAUGUGUACGACUCAUAUCGAGUCAUAGGGGGGCAUGAUGCCGUCGUUAGGAGAGAAGUAAACAUGCUGGCUACCCUUGUGCCACAUCAUCUACAAAUGUCCGGUUUUUAUGAAAAGAAGAAGGAUAUAGAUUUUCAGAAUCACCCCGCUUACAAAAACAGAGCACUAAAUGACGAUUUUGAUGUCGUUAAUGUGGACGAUCUACCACAACAACCCCCUGGAAGCAUGGAUUGUGGUGUAUAUGUGAUGACUUUUCUUUGAAUUCUUGAGCUCGAGUGAAGGCAUUCCAGUCAAUAUUGAUUCAAAGUUUCACCAUCAGAGAUAUGGUGCACUUCUUUGCGACUAUGCUUGGGGAAAGGCAAACCAGAAUGCGAGAAAGUGAUAACGAGCAACCUUGACAAGACCAGUCAGGCCUAUAGUUGAUUACGAUGCAGUGAAUAUAGUAGAUGACGUAGAGUAGAUGUUGGGGUAGAUUAGAUGUUGUUUAGUUCAAGACAUUUUUUCAUGUGUUUUUGAUGUUGAGCAUUAGUGUUUGGAUCAGUUAAUAUUACUUUUAGACAAUAUCUUUUUCUUUCAGAAUACAACGAGUAUGGUGUUGUGUUUUGUUUAGUGUUCUCGGAUGUUAUUAAAUACACUCGUAUUCUGACUGCAGUCAUUUCGUGUUUGUUUGUUAUAA